AUGAGUGUGGCAGUGGUGAGAGGGGGCAGAGUCAUGAGUAUGGCAGUGGUGAGAGGGGGCGGAGUCAUGAGUAUGGCAGUGGUGAGAGGGGGCGGAGUCAUGAGUGUGGCAGUGGUGAGAGGGGGCGGAGUCAUGAGUGGCAGUGGUGAGAGGGGCGGAGUCACGAGUGUGGCAGUGGUGGUGAGAGGGGGCGGAGUCAUGAGUGUGGCAGUGGUGGGAGGGGGCGGAGUCAUGAGUAUGGCAGUGGUUAGAGGGGGCGGAGUCAUAAGUGGCAGUGGUGAGAGGGGGCGGAGUCAUGAGUGUGGCAGUGGUGAGAGGGGCGGAGUCAUGAGUGUGGCAGUGGUCAGAGGGGCGGAGUCAUGA